AUGAAGCUGGCCUCUCUUUUAUCAUUAGCUUCGACUUUCAUUGCAUCCGCCAAUGCACUCACUCCCAUCACCGUGAAGGAUAAUGCCUUUUAUGUUGGUAAUACCGAUGAACGGUUCUAUAUUAGAGGAGUCGAUUAUCAACCCGGCGGUUCAUCCAACUUGACCGAUCCAUUGGGUGAUCCAGAUAUUUGUAAGAGAGACAUCCCUUAUUUCCAAGAUCUAGGCUUGAAUGCAAUCAGAGUUUACACUGUUGAUAACACAUUGAAUCAUACCGAAUGUAUGACUGCCUUAAACGAUGCAGGUAUCUACGUUAUAAUAGAUGUCAACACUCCUAAAACCUCAAUUUCGAGACAUGACCCCGCUUGUUCGUACAACCUCGAUUAUUUGACUGAGAUCUUUGCAACAAUCGAUGAUUUUGCUACAUUUAAUAACACACUAGGUUUCUUCUCUGCUAAUGAAUUAGUCAAUAAUGUAUAUUCAUUUCAGUUUUCUCCUUAUGUUAAGGCAGUUACGAGAGACAUGAAGCAGUACAUGAGAGCCAAGAAAUAUAGGGCAAUUCCUGUUGGUUAUUCUGCUGCCGAUGUUUCUGAGGUUAGGCUGCCACUUGCCCAUUACUUAAAUUGUGGUGACAAUGAUGAUGAAAGAAUCGAUAUACUUGGUGUUAAUGAUUAUUCUUGGUGUGGUCAUUCUUCCUUUGUCGUGUCUGGUUACAAAGAAAAAGUUGCAGAUUAUAGUGGCUAUUCAAUCCCAAUCUUUCUCUCUGAGUUUGGCUGCAAUAAAGUUUCUGGCGAUCGUCCAUUUACUGAGAUUCAAGCCAUCUACUCCACACAGAUGUCUUCGGUCUUCUCUGGUGGGUUAGUCUAUGAAUAUUUCGAGUACGUUAAUAAAUAUGGUCUAGUUGAAGUAGAUACCAACACCGACGAUGUUACCAAAUUAGGCGACUAUAAUAAUUUAAAGAAUAUGUUAUCAUCUACUGAAAACCCCCAAGGUGACGGAGGUGCUGCCCAUUACAACUUCUCAGAAUGCCCAACUGGAUUAAAUUUUAGUAUUAGUGUUCCUUCACAGCCAUCUGGAUUUGCUCAGCUAGUUAAAACUGGUCCAAAUGGUAACAAUUAUGGUCUUGAAGCUAAUACUCAAGAUGCCUGUUACGAUGAUGAUGAUGACUCUGAUAUUGCAUCGUCAUCGGUGUCAUCUUCCUCAGCUUCUUCAACUUCUAUUAAGUCCUCCUUUGGGUCAUCAUCCACAGCAUUAAAAUCCUCGACUACUUCAUCAUCAUCUUCCUCGUCCUCGUCCUCGUCCUCUUCUUCUUCCGUUUCCUCAGUUUCUUCGAUUUCCUCCCACUCUCACAAUGCAGGUUCAGCUAUCGUUUCGAAUACACUUUUUUCCAUAGCUGCAUUGACUCUGAACCUUCUAUCAUUUUAA